GUGGAUGGCGAAAGUAGUACCUCAGCACAGUAACGGGCGAUCAGAGGAAGCGGUGUAAUCUGAAGGGGUGAUGGAAUGCCUGCAGAGGGCGUUGCUGAGGGCUAGGUGCCCCUCCAGACCAGCUCUGUUGUGGCUUUGCAAGGUUGUGGGAACCUCGAUUGCUGCCUUUGGUGGCAAGUUGUCACGCCUCCUCUUAGUGAGCGCCUACCAAUGUGGUGAACGUGGCAACCACCAUAGCCAGGUGCAGAGUGGUAAUGAGACCCUUCAGCUUGGUAACCUUGCAAACUGGACAAAGGGUAUAAACAUAUUCGAGAAAGAGUUCUUGUUUGUUCCAAUUCAUGACAGGCUACAUUGGAGUCUUGCAAUCAUCUGUGCACCAGGCGAUCCCAAAAGAAAUCAUAUUCUACAUCUGGACUCCCUACAUCAUGGUCAUGCGAAUCACAUAGUUUUUCCGCCUCUUUAUUCUUAUUUGCGAGCGGAGUGGCUGUCCAAAGAAGCCAAGAAAAAGGGUGACAGGACCUUCAACGAGAAGACAUUCUCCGCAGGCAGAGUGCAAGUACCUCAACAGGAGAACGACUGUGAUUGUGGCCUUUUUGUUCUGUACUACAUCAAGCAGUUCCUUAAAAUUAUCCAGAAAACUAUGACAUUUACCGCGAAGAAGAAUUUCCAUGAUAUGAUGGGUCCUGACUGGUUUGAACCCUCAGAGGCUUCUGCUUUGCGACAGAAGAUUGGAAAGAUUUUAAUGAGCCUAUUUGACAAGAAACUACAGAGUGUCAUCCCAGCCGCAAAUGACGUGAGGGAGGAAAAAGUAACCCUGCAAAGUCGUGAACAAAAUGGAAUUGAUUUUGAGGUCAGACAAGUACAUGAGAAACGUGGAAGCAGGCCAACACCAGAAGUGACCUUGAUGACAGCUGAUGGCAUGGAUCCAGAGGGUACAGAAGGGCGUGUUGUGCUGGAAGAGGGGAAUGGGGUCUUCCCAAAGACCUUUCCUCUGUACCCUGAUAUAGAAACAGAGGAAGAAACAUGCACCAGUACAGAUGGGGACUGUGCAGCGGAAACUGCACAGGGUAAUGGCAGCCGCAAACGGAAGCGGGAGGAUGAUGCCACAGAUAUGGAUGUUGUCCCAACCAAGGCUAUGAGUGGUGAAGAUGGCCGCAGAGAAUCGAAUGUUUUGAGAACAGGUGAUAUUCAAGGACACUUGGCAGGGGAGAUAGAGAGUGGAGACAUGUCUCAACAGGGACAUAGAGGCCAAGUAGGUAAUACAGAAGACAGAAGUGGGCCUGCAGUUUGUGACCUUGUAGGAGGGGGAAGGGAUGUGGAAUUGACGCGGCCAAUUGCAUUAGGACAUGGAUCAAGCCCUGCAGCUAAUGAGGAUGGAGUGAUGGGAGCAUGCCGCGAGGGUGGUGGCCAGAGCACAUGCCUGGAGAUUGGAGGGAAGGCUGAGAAUUGUUUCUUCAGCCAUGGUGGAAGAGACAGUCUGGCAGUGCAGGCUGAAAAAAAUGGUUAUGGGAGCUCAGAUGCAAGCAACUGCAGGAAUGACCUGGCAGCACUGCAGCGAUUAGAUGCAGGCACAGUAACCCCUGGCAAACCAAGUUCAGGAGCUGAGGCUUCAACUUGUGCUAUCGCCGAAGAAUGCACUGCCAUCAUUGAAUCAGAUGACAAGCAGAGAGAAUCAAUCUGUUGUAGAGGAUUCAUCAAUUUAAUGGAUGAUGAUGAUGAUAAUGAUGAUAAUGACUUCAAUUGCAAAUCCAAAGAUGACUGUGAGAAGCUUGGGAGCAUGGGGAAGGGUGAUCAUAAAUGUGUGUGUGAGUUUGAGCGAAGCAGCACGGACAGGAGAGAGAGUGAAUGUGGAUGUGCACUUGGAAGGACAAUUGAAAAGAAUGAGCAUCUGCAUCAACCCCAGCGUAGGGAUCAUGGUGGUAGCUCUGAGGUUCAAGUUGUUGAUGAUGCAAACGAGGUGCAGGAACAGACACGCAAACAGCCUCAAGGAACACAUAACAUGGUGGGAUGCCCCCUGGAGGACAAGUUUGCUGCAGAAUGUGAACUCGGAGGUGGAAGAUGUGUGGGGUCUUUGAAAGAUGUGAAUAGUGUGCAGCUUGCAGCGGAGCAGCAGCAGCAGCAGCAGCAGCAGGAUGGCCGCAAAAACAGGUUGCAAAAUGGAGGAACGGCAAACAGCGAGUCUACUGUUGCGUACUGUGAUAAUUGGAUGGAGGAAGAUUCUAAAGGAAAGGAAGGGAUGCGACCGGUCGUUGUCUAUCGGCGACGGAGCAGAGAAGGAGCAUCUGAGAACGCCUUUGGGAGCACCAUGCAGAGGAAACAAGAUGGACGCAGGUUUCAAAAGGAGAGAAGUCCAUGCAUGAAAUCGGGAAGUGCAAACAAGGACUUGAUAGAAUUGGAGUACACAGGCCGAAAUGCAAGGGCAAGCAGUCAAAAGGAGAGCAAGCAGCAGGGUGCUAAAGAGCAAGAUGGGAAGCACAAUGGGGAGAUGUCUAGAGCAUGUAGUACAGAUAGCUUGUCAGGACCAAAAACAAAUGUAUUCAUCAUUGAUAGUGACCAUGAAAAUGCGUCAACUGUGGUAAGAUGCAAAGAAAAUCAAGAAACUGGGUGUAGCAACAGGAUUAUUCUUAGGGAAGAGGUGGAUGUGGAUAAGGUUGCAGAUAUGGUAGUGGACAAGACUCCAAGUGUUGGCGCACAUGGAAUUGCAGGUGAUUACAGAACAGGUGUUUGUGAAAUUGACGAUGGUGAUGGCGAUGUGUGCACAGUCAUCAACUUGAGUGAAACAGACCACGGCAUCGAAGAUGAAGGAGAUGGAGAUAGCCUGGUUGUCUUCAGUGGACCCUGUGACAACGGCCGUGCGAAUGGAGGCUUUAUCAUCAGCUCAAGUGAAACUGUUGACAAGGCUAAUGUGGCUGUGGAAGCUAAGGAACAACAUGGUGAAGAUCAGGAGGGGUCGCAGAGGCGCAAGCAUGAUAAGAGUAUCUGUGCGUCAGAUACGGAGUCGAUGUUUGUUGCCGUUGAUGGGAGGAAGCAUGAUGCUGCAAAACAAAAUGAAACACGUGUGGCAAAUCGGGCUACGUCUGCUGUGUCACUUUCAUCUACUGACUGUGCUGUAAAGUUGGGCAAUAAGCCGUCAGCAGCUAUACAUAGCGGCAAGAGGAAACGAGAGCAUGAGCGUGAUGCUCCUGAUGUUGUUUCGAUCAAGGAGGGGGAUUUUGAUUGUAAUGAAGUGCCAGCAAACAAGAGCUCAUGCAAGGACCACCAAGAGCUCAUCGACGUUCCACCAGGGGAACCGGCAACUGUAGAUGCUCCUACGCAGCAGAGCAGGAGGGGUGCAGCAUCACAAAAUGACAGAGAUUCUGAUUGUGUGGCUGUGGGCCCUUGCAGAGCGGAAGAGGACACUGGAUGCAGUAGUUUGGCAGCAGAGGGACAAGGGAAGGCUCGCAGAGGUUCUGGUUGUCAAGACAGACGAAGUAACUCGUCUUCCCCUAUCCAUCACAGGAGAGGAAGUCAGGUAAGGAACGGGCAAGAUUACAUUAUCCUAUUUGCAAGUGAUGGUAGUCAAACGGAGUGUGGAAUAGGACAGGCGUCCUCACCAUGCCAGAAAGCAGCUUUAUCAGAACGCUCUGGCAAGGUUGCAUUAGAGAAUGAUAACCAAACACCGAGAUUGCCGUGGGAUAUUAUUGACUUGAUGGAUGACGAUGCUGAUGACGGUAGGGGGAAGCCACAGACCUUAGGGAAGGAGAGUUCCUCCCCAGACAAAGGGCAGGAGGAUGUGGACUGUAUCAGCCAGCAGAAGGGAUGCGGGGAAGGGAUGUGCGCACCAGACGAUGGGAUCAAAAUUCAGGAGCCUCGAUGUCCAUCUCCGUGCCAUGAUCAGAGAGUCGACGGGGCGAAGUCUGAGCUUGAAGUCAUUGCAAUUGUGCACAUGCCAAAGUUUAGAAAAGACCAAGGAGCACAUGAGGAGGCAGGACGGGCGGCUCCGGCGUGUAUUGAUAAUAUGGACGACGGGUUGGUCAUGAGCGUCAUAUCGCCUGAAUUACAGAAUGCUUCUCACUGCUCUGAAGAGACUGGAAACUGUCCACACAAAGACGCAGAACGGCAGAAGAACCCGAGCAGCAGCAAGAUGGAUGAUCAACAUGCCGUAAGUGUCGAAUCGCUGGUUCUGUGUGAUCCUGUCAAGCACCCAAUUGAAGUUGAGGAUGACAACCACAAGGAAAAAGAACUACAAAGGUGUCUUCCGGGGAAGGAUGUCGCCAGAACUGGUGGGAGUAAAAGGGAAAUUGAACAUGAGCUGCAGUCAGUGGGAAGAGGGAAAGGGAUGCAAACAACAGAUGAUACAAAGGAAGUCCGCUCAGGGAUGAUGAUCGAAACAGCUGAUGGGCCUGAUGAGAACCGUCUCACCAUUGUGGUGAACCUAGCAGAGUCGGUUUUGUGCGAUAACGGGAACAGAGUGAUAGAAAUCAUGGGAUGCCACGAGGAGCAGGCAGAACAGCCAAUUGUGAGUAACCGUAUUUGUACGGAGGACAGGUUGGUGGCGAACAGUGAUUUGCCUGGCAUUUCAGGUGAUGCGAACAGGUGUGGCACCAAAAUUGACGGCAGCAAGAUCGGGAGAGCAGAACAACAGAUGAUUUCUAACCCUGGUGCAAGGGACGCGAAUGAGCAUUCGACAAGAUCGGUUGAAAUUGAAAUGAAGGACUGCAGCAGUGACCAUGAAGUGAUGGAACACCAAAGGAGCCCUGGCACUGGCACGACGGAUGAGCGAACAGUGAGGAAUGCGCAGUUUCCAGUUGCAUAUUCGACUGCCAAAAACUCUAUCGAAAUUCAAGGUCGCAAGUAUGGGGCAAUAGAAGAGCAGAAGACUCCUGGGAUUUGCAAGAGGGAUGAGAAGUCGUUGGCGAAAGCGAAACUACCAGUCUCAUGUGGUAAUGCGGGCGACUCGAUUGUAGUUUGUGACAGUCACGAUGAGGAGACGACCGUGGGCGGCCAGAAGGGAAUGGAUGGCAGAGAAAAAGUGAGCAUGGUUGUAUCGGAUGAUACUGAAUGCUACAUUCAGAGCAAGGGUGGCAAGCGCAGGAGCAGCGAACAGCGGAGAAGUCCUGACACUGUAAGGGUUGAUGACGGACAUGCCUCGCCGAACAGGAACGCUGUGUAUUUGUGUAAUUUAGUCAAAGAAGAUGGACGGCAGGAGAGCAAAAUGUCCAGGGUAGAAUUCGAGCUCUUCAACACAUCCCUGAUGCUUGGUGUAGCCACAUGCAACUCCGGGAUCAAGAGUGGGAGGAGUGAGAGAGCAGAGGGUGGGUUUGAGGAAGCUGAGAGUUCGUGUAUGCAGCUGAGCAAUGCGAGUGGCGACGGUGCGAUGUGUGAAAAUGCAGGUCGGGCAAUUAACAAUCCAUAUGACAGGAGCAAGAGUAUGCAGCAGCAGGAAGAGCAAGAGGUCGAUGAAAAAUGGGGCAAAGUGUCCUCUGCCAAUGGUUUGGCCAUCGCGGCACUGGGAAAUGGAGAUGCGGACAACAUCGGAGAGGGAAAGGGUUUUUCCAGAGGCCAUGAACCUGUCAACAAUUCAUUCAAUGGAAGCAAGAGUAAGUGGCAGGAAGAUCAAGGGUUUCAUAUAAACAGUGGUGAAGUGUCCGCCGCUGGUGAUUUGGUCCUGGCCCCAAUGAGAAGUGGAGAUGUGUGUGUGGUUGAUGUAGAUGCUGACAACAGUGGAGAUGCUAACGCCUUUUUCAGAGCUAAGGAGAUCGCCAGUAACCCUGACAGAGAGAAUCAAGAUCACACAGACGCGAGUCCUCAGAAUGUUGGUGCAAGAGAGCAAAACAAGAGUCGCAAAGAAAAUUGUGAAGAAGGCAAGACACCACCGAAAAUCAUCGACUUACGUGGAGUUCUCGGGAAAAAGCAGCAAGCAGAAAAGACAGGCUCGCAAAACAUCAUCGACUUGAGUCACAUUGUAUCCAGACCCCGUGACAACGGCUGGGGAGUGGAAAAACCCAUCCCUCCUGUUAUUGGUUGGCGUGGAGUUGUGAAGAAGCGUCAGGGGCAGCAGCUGAAUUCGGAAGGAUCCGCUUGAUGAAAGGGACACGAUUGCAUGCAUAGUCAAUUCAUCUCUCUUUCUUCUUUGUAACGAAGCCUCAGAACACUGCCCGCUGUUCAUGCGGGUCCACUGUUCAUGCGGAAACUCGGCUCUGUCAACAAGUUGCCUGGCAUUGGCUGCCAGCCUGUCUGCAUGUCUCUGCUUCCUUGCGCACAUCUGCCCGAAGCACUCUGGAAACAGUAAGGGUUGCAGCAAUUCCUGUGAAGUAUUGGUGUUUGUUUUUUUUUUCACCUCCCCAAUUCGCGCAAGAAAUCAAUCUGACCACCACAGAGACACACAGGAAUGAUCCUUAUUCUUCACAGACUGCUUUGGCAGAUGCACAAGGAAGGAGGGAAAGGCUCCCGGAAAACUCACCGCUAUUGCUGCAAAGAACCAGUUCUUUUUGUUGAGCUUACUCAUUUGCACCGAAUGGCAGAUGGGUUCUGUUCAAAAGAGGAAGGUUAACAACUUAAUGGGGAGGAGCGUGCAUGAGUACCUCUGGCAGAUGCACAAGGAAGGAGGGAAAGGCUCCCGGAAAACUCACCGCUAUUGCUGCAAAGAACCAGUUCUUUUUGUUGAGCUUACUCAUUUGCACCGAAUGGCAGAUGGGUUCUGUUCAAAAGAGGAAGGUUAACAACUUAAUGGGGAGGAGCGUGCAUGAGUACCUCUUGUAUUAUGUCUGACUUGCCGAUGGGAAAAGGAACCGGACUGCUGCUUCCCAGAAUAGAAGGAGCCUUAUUAUCUUUAUUAAAAAAAAAAAAAAAGGGAGGUCGACAACUCUACAGGACUUGUGCCGAGUUUCUUGGGAGCCUUUCUCUGCUUCCUUGCUCGUCUCCCAGAUGCACCCUGGGAAGAAUAAGGAUCGUUCUCGUCAGGCUCAGCGUUUGUGUGUGUCGGUGGUCAGCUCGACUCAGCUGCAAAUUGAUUUGCUCUGCAAAUGAGGAAGGUCAACGAAAACUCAGUUGGUACACCCCUGAAGUGUUGAAAUAUGGACCCGAGCUCGAACACCACCGGAAGCAGAUGAAUUUUUGAAGUGCCUAGGGACGGUCACUUCGACGAUGAUAUCUCAAGGCCGGGGGGUACUUCGAGAAGGAGGAAGGUCGACGAAAACUCGCAACUCUUCACAGGAAUCAUGACAAGUUUCUUCGGAGCCUGUUUCUGCUUCCUCAAGUAGCAACCUGAAGCGCUCUGGGCAGAAUACGGUUCAUUCUUGCCAGGCUUCAGUCCGUAGGCGGCGUAGGGUGUUUUUGUGUGUCUGUGGUCGGCGGGUUGUCUUUCUGCGCAUACGAGGGAGGUUCAUUAGAACACAUAUUCUUUGCAGCAACUGCAGCAAAUUUCCUCAGAUAUCGGAAGGAUGAUUAUACGGCGAUAUCGUAUCAUGGAAGGUUGGGAGAUGGGGGCAGGCUAAUCUUGUCUGUAUCGUUCCAAUUUUAAUGGGAUCUCCUGGCGGAUGGGACAUCUGCACGCAGUUUUGACAGAGUUGGUGUAUGGCCCCAUGACAACAGUUGUCGUUCCGUUCCUCUCGCUCGACAACUCAGUGUGGAAACUUUGCUGCCUCAGAGGAAUGGGCCAACGAUCACGAAGGUGCGAACCUCAAAGAUCAUACUGUGGAUGUGGAUUGGAAGUCGAAGACCUGAGGCCAUCUGGGGACUGUACAGUGCUGUUGCUGCUUUUGAUUUUGAGAAGAUUGAAGACAUGAUCUCGGCAGCGUUGAGGAAGCUGAGUGGUCCAAGUGGUAGUGAAAAUUGUCCUCUGCUGAGCACUUUGAGGGGUGCGAAAAGCCCCACCACUGCAGGGCUGAGUGGUCAAAGUGGUAGUGAAAAUUGUCCUCUGCUGAGCACUUUGAGGGGUGUGAAAAGUCCCACCACUUCAGGGCCUUUCCUCGACAGGUUGAGUAUGCUGGUGACUAUGUGUCACAGAGGCUUGUUGUUUAUCAGACCUUGUUAGAGUUGAGCUGACACAGAGAGAGAGAGAGAGAGAGAGAGAGAGAGAGAGAGAGAGAGAGAGAGAGAGAGAGAGAGAGAGAGAGAUGCGAUGGGUUGUGUCAUACACGGAAGGAAUCAUUUGCAGCGUAGUGCAUCCUCUGAUGGAAUGGCAUCGAGCAGUUUAAUGUCUUCUUUCCUCAGUAGUGACCAAGUAAAAUGUAGGGGCUUCC